CAAACAUCCCCUUCCUUUUUCCCUUCUCCUCUCUCUCGUUUCCGGAAUUGCACACAACAAAACAGCCAUGGCGGACCACAAAGACGACAACAUUCAGCAUGAGACCCAUCAUGAGACUAGACGACCUAGUGUCCUCUAUACCGAUGAGUCGAAGCGCAAGCAAAGUGUCGCCGAGUUGACCAACAACACAUCCGGAGAAGUCCGAAACCCUCUCGUGGGCAUCCCACGCGAACAGCUGCUACAAGAUGUCGAAAACUAUGCCGGCGAGAACGACUUGAGCGACAUUCUUCCCUUGCUUCGCAAAGGCGCCCUCUUGGCCCAGAGCCCUCACCAGUUCGAAACCAUCCCCGAGAUUGACGAAACGGAACGCCAGUUCUUGCGUGAGGAAGUCACCCAUCGCUGGCGACACCCGAGGAUCCUCUACUACACCAUCAUCCUCAACUCGAUUGCUGCUGCAAUUCAAGGAUGGGAUCAAACUGGUUCCAACGCUGCCAACCUCGAAUUCCCCGCCGACAUGGGCAUUCCUGACUCAGGCCCCGUCUGUGAAGCCAAGGGAACAUGUGAAGACAACUCCUGGCUGAUCGGCUUCAUCAACUCCUGUCCAUACAUUGCCAUUGCCUUUUUCGCUGGAUGGAUCUCUGAUCCUGUCAACGAUAUACUCGGCCGUCGUGGUACUAUUUUCCUGGGUGCUAUUUUCUCCUUGCUGUCUCCUAUCGGCUCAGCUUUCAUCCAGCAUUGGGGACAACUUGUCGCGUGCCGUAUUCUACUCGGUAUCGGCAUGGGUCUAAAGGAAGUCACUGUGCCUGUCUUCUCCGCCGAGAAUGCGCCCACAAAUAUCCGUGGUGGCUUGGUCAUGUCCUGGCAACUUUGGACGGCCUUUGGUAUUUUUCUCGGAACGUGCGCGAAUUUGGCCAUCAAAGACACGGGCCAUAUCGCCUGGCGUCUCCAGCUCGGUUCGGCCUUCAUUCCAGCCGUACCGCUGGUCAUUGGUAUCUUCUUCUGUCCUGAGUCUCCUCGUUGGCUCAUGAAAAAGGGAAUGCACGCCAAAGCGUACCGGUCUCUUCUCCGUCUCCGAAGGAGCCCUCUCCAAGCGGCACGCGAUCUCUACUACAUCCACGCGCAAUUGAUCCAGGAAGACAUUCUGAUUGAAGAAUCGGCCGCCGCCACCCACGGCAACUUCUUCACCCGCUUCGUGGAGCUCUUCACCAUUCCACGUAUCCGCCGUGCCACUCAGGCCUCCGGCGUUGUCAUGAUUGCGCAACAGAUGUGCGGCAUCAACAUCAUCGCCUUUUACUCGUCGACGGUGUUUUCGAACGCCGGCGCCAGCUACACCGGCAGUCUCUUGGCCUCCUGGGGGUUCGGUCUGAUAAACUUCCUCUUCGCCUGGCCUGCCGUGUGGACGAUCGACACGUUCGGAAGGAGGACGUUGCUCCUCUUCACUUUCCCCAACAUGUGCUGGACGCUCCUGGCGGCGGGGUUCUGUUUCUGGAUCCCCGAGAGCAGCAACGCCCAUCUGGGCUUCAUCGCGCUGUUCAUCUAUCUUUUCGACAUCUUCUACUCUCCCGGCGAGGGCCCCGUCCCCUUUACCUACUCGGCCGAGGUUUUCCCCCUGUCCCACCGUGAGAUAGGCAUGUCCUGGGCCGUGGCGACCAACAACUUCUGGGCCUCGGUCCUGUCCCUGACCUUCCCUCGCAUGCUCCAGGCCAUGACCCCCCAGGGCGCGUUCGGCUUCUACGCCGGCCUCAACGCCAUCGCCUUCGUCAUGAUCUUUCUGUGGCUGCCCGAGACGAAGCAGCGCUCCCUCGAGGAACUGGAUUACGUCUUUGCCGUGCCCACCCGCACCCACCAGCACUACCAAAUCUCCCAGGUCGCGCCGUACUGGUUCAAGAAGAACGUGCUGCGCCGCAAGGGUCUCGUCGAGCCUCGACUCUACCAUUUCGACACCGACGACUACGUUCCUGCGUCUCCCUCUCCCGAUACACGUGAAGAGUCGGGCGAAAAGGCUGCGUGAGCUUGAGCUUGAGCUUGAGCUUCGGACGAAACCCCGAUCAAGGAAUCGAGGACGACCCUCGCAAAGAUAUUUCCUUGGGCCUCUAGUAGUAGGGCCUGUCUUGCGACAUUUUCCAGGACACGGACGGGGCCAGUCUUGAUUGGACUGGGACUGAUUCAACUCUUGACACGACUACGAAUACCACGAACUAUACCCCCCCCACGUUCUUUUUUUUUUUUU